GGAGACUCGGAGCAGCUCCUGCCGUUGCCGGGGGCUGACAGCGCAAGGGAAGAGGGAGCCGGACGGUCCUGUCCGAAAGGUGCGGGCAGGAGUAGUGAGCUGGGCGCGGUGUUAGAAAAGUCUGGCAGGGUCCUGAGGCCGUCGGUGCAGGGACCCUGCCAGGCACAAGUGCCCUUGUCCCCACAGAAAGCCACAAGCACCCCUCAGGCAGUGCUGUCUCCUGUUAAUGGCGAGCUACAGCACUCUGCACCGUAUGGCGGUGCUGCUUCUGAUGAACCAUGUGAUGAUUUAAGCAGAGAUUCAACAAAAGGAAGCUUGCAUCAUGAGAGAGGCAAAAGCAAGAAGUACCAGCUUAUGCCGGUGGUGGUCUUGGAUCCUCAGGAAGUGCCAGUGUGGCUGACGAGCACGAAAUGCAGCAAAAAAUCAGAUAUUCAACCUGACUGCCAGCAGCCGGUAUCUCCUUUGGGCCUUCGAGGAGUCUUGGACAGUAAACAUAAAAGUACCAAGGUUGUUUCUGGAGAAGGAAGUGCCUGUAGAAAAGCCUGCAUCAGUGGCUUCAGUGCCAGCCGGUGGGGGAGACAAACAAGGCUCCGUCCAAAAAGGCACAAAAAUAAGAGGCAGCAGCCUAAUAACUCCUUUUUCAGACCACAGAUGAGGCAAAAAGGAAUGAAAAAGAACGUUCCAGAGAUCUCUGUAGAUAUGAGAGACAAUGACUAUUCACUCCUCAAUAGCUCCUACUCCUGGACUAGAGUUCGAGCAUCUUUGUCCUUCCAUAAGAAGAAGAAAGUUACCACAGAAGAGAGUUUCUACGGCAGCAUCCUUUGUACCCCUUCUGCGAAAUCCCAGCUUUCAGGGCACCAAGCAACCCCAUCUGCUGGUAAUGCUCAGUGCUGCGCUUGGUCUGCUUCCUCCAUGGUCCUGCUGGCUCCCAGGAAUUCCUGUUCUGUCCUGGAGCUAAUGCUUACAGAUGCAGAGAAGGUGUUUGGGGAAUGCCACCAAGAGGGGCCUAUCGCUUUUGAGGAAUGCAUUCCUUUAGAUAAGAUGAAAAAUUGCAAGAAAAUUGGAGAAGGGGUGUUCGGAGAGGUCUUCCAGAUCGACAAUGAGAGAGGACCUGUGGCCUUAAAGAUAAUUCCCAUUGAGGGGACUGAAAGAGUAAAUGGUGAAGCUCAAAAGAGCUUUGGAGAGAUUCUACCUGAGAUAAUAAUUUCAAAAGAACUCAGUCUUCUGUCUGAAGAGUCUGUGAAUAGGACUGUUGGGUUCAUCAGCUUGUACUCUGUGCACUGUGUUAAAGGGGCCUAUCCUAAAUAUCUCCUGGAAGCCUGGGACACAUACCACAAAGUUACGGGAUCAGAAAACGAUCGGCCAGACCUUUUUGGGGAUGAACAGCUCUUCAUGGUUCUGGAGUUUGAAUUUGGAGGCAGUGACUUGGAGAAUAUGAGAAACAGGUUCAGCUCAGUGGCAUCGGCAAAAAGCAUUUUGCACCAGGUCACUGCUUCCCUGGCUGUGGCAGAACAGGAACUGCACUUCGAGCACAGAGACUUGCACUGGGGCAAUGUGCUGGUAAAGAAAACGGAUGUAAAAGAGCUUAAUUAUGUGCUGAAUGGGGCAACACGCACAAUCCCCACAGCAGGGAUUCACGUCAACAUCAUAGAUUAUACCUUGUCUCGGCUGGAGAAAGAUGGGUUAACUGUGUUUUGUGACCUUUCCACUGAUGAAGAACUGUUUCAAGGCACGGGGGACUACCAGUUUGAUAUCUACAGGCAAAUGAAAGUGGAGAACUCCAACAGCUGGACUGACUAUCAUCCACACAGCAAUGUCCUCUGGCUGCACUACUUGUCAGAUAAACUUUUGAAAGACAUGGGCUACAAGAAAAAGGAAUCAACUUCUUCCAUGAGGAAAAUAAAGCAGCAGCUCAUUAAGUUCCACAAAGAAGUACUGACCUUUGAGUCUGCCAAUGAAGUUUUACAAAACAGCAGCCUCUUCCAGUGA